CCUCAAACUGGUUAUUUCCUUUAAAUUUCUUGGAAUUUCACGGCACGCCUCCGCCUUUACCUGUAAACGCUGAACGCCGAGGCUCCGGGCGCUCCACACAUCUGCACAAGAAUCUCGCUUCCACAAGUAAGUUAACCUGGGACUACCAUUUCACAUGAGUUUGGUGGCAUGGAGACAUGUUGCUCAUUCCCCUUUCCUACAAGUGGGAAUGAUAUGGAUUAUCACCUUCAAUGGGUUUUCCUCUACUACUCCAGAGGGAAUGGGUGAGCAGUCUUCCUCGAUUCGCAAUCUGGCCUGUUUGUUUUAUGACAAAAACCGUAUGAACUGCUCCUGGAAUAUCGAUGAGGCAUCAACACCAGAUACAGAAUACCGUUUGUCUUAUGAGUUGUUUAAGAAAUGGUUUUACGCUCCCUGUGGCACAAUGGAACCAGGAAAAGUUACAUGCCUUGUUCGUGAUUUUGAUCAGGAUGGCUAUAACAAGAUCAGAGUUUGUGCCAUAGAAUCCCAACAGCAUUUGCCAAUAACUCACUGCAUCAACGUUUUACCAGUCUUAUUUUAUAAAGCCAGUCCACCAGUUAACGUCAUGGUGAAUGGAAGUAAAGUGGUUUGGAGUCCCCCAACUGGUGAACACCUUUCAUGUCAUUUUAAAUAUCAAAUCCAGAUUACAGAUGUGGACACCAAAGGUUCAAUGAUGGAAGAUCUCAACAUGCCAAAGUGGGACAUCGAUGAUCAGUCCAAAAGCUUCUCGGUGCAAGUGAGGGCAAGAAUUGAACACUUCCUUGAUAGCCCGGGAGAUUUGAUGUGGAGUGACUGGACUGACUCGGUCAUUACAGAAAAACAGACAGAUGACGUGAUGAUGAAAAGUUUAAUAGUGACCACAAUUGUUAUCAUUGUGAUGGUGUUGCUGCUAAUUUUCCUUCGUCUAAACUGCAACUUACUGGAACACCUGUGCCAACCCAUCCCUGACCCUAAACAGAAAUUUAGUGGUCUGUUUGAGAAUUAUAAUGGAGAAUUUCAGCAGUGGAUUAACGCUAAUCACCUGGAGACUGAAGACCCCAAAGAAUGUGCCACAGUUAUUGUUGAAGACUAGAGCCUGGAACAGAGAAACAUAGAAAACUAAACUAAGUGGGACCUGUUGGGUCAAAGCUUCUCAUGGGAGGGCUGGUCCCCCAACGCAAUAUUCCACCUCACCACUAAUUCUAAUAUUGCUGGUCAGUGGGGGAGGGGGGAGGGGGGACUUUUUGGAAUGUUAGCAUGGGUGUUGUGGGCCGAAGGGACUGGUUUCCAGAGGGCUAGUAUGAACAUUGUGGACCGAAUGGAUUCUUGGGCUGGCAGCUCAGUCACUGGGGCCUGGCAGCUCAGUCACUGGGGCCUGGCAGCUCAGUCACUCAGGCCUGGUGGGCUGGCAGGUCCGAAACCGCCAGAAAUUCUGCCUACACAGGUGGCAGACUCCGUGAGUGAGAAGGGGGAGAGGGUGGGGAAUCAAUUUUAGACAUUUUCAUAUUUUUUUACAGAUCACAGCAAUGAAGGAGGAAACUCCAUCCUUGCGUGGAUCUCUGGAGCGCUAG